AGUAUGGAUUACCGAAGCUUCUGUAUAAAGCUCUUCAUAGCCUUUUGCUUAGUCGCAGAGGCCACACAAAAUGAAGAUGGCUCCGCGGAAAUCAGGCCGAGUCCUCGCAUAUUAAGCGGCCUAACAGCUGCCACAGGACAAUUCCCAUAUCAGGUAUCCGUGCGUGUAAAUAAGCAACAUGUUUGUGGUGGCGCGUUGCUGUCCCCAACAUUUGUGCUUACUGCGGCACAUUGUGUUGACAAUGUUGAUGAAAAAUUCCUAGGUGUACAAGCCGGCACUGUGAGUCGCACCGAUGGCGGGGUGUACCGCGCUGUCUCUAAUGCUAUCAUACACCCUAGAUAUGGUUUCGAUAAUGAUAUUGCUUUGCUGCAGUUGGCAACACCAUUCGACUACUCCGAUGUUAUAAAAGGAAUACCAAUUGCUAGUGCAGAUGUACCGGCUGGAGCAUCAGUAAUCAUUUCCGGUUGGGGUCGCAUAUACGAAGGUAGUCCGCUAUCUAAUAAACUAUUGUAUAGCAGAUCACUGACAACUCUGAAGAAUGAAGACUGUGCAACAGCUGAUGGGGUGUCUAAUCCUUCCGAAUUAUGCCUCCUCAGUCCUCAAGGAAGAGGUUUUUGUGACGGCGACGAUGGUGGUCCAGUGGUUUAUAGAAACAUUCUAAUUGGUAUUGCCAGUUAUAAUGCAAAUGCUUGUGGCACGACUACAAAAGGUGGCUUUACUAAAGCGUCUUACUAUAGAACUUGGAUACAAGCAAUAAUAGCUGCUUUUAGUUUAGAUGAUUGAUAUUUUGUCAUUUACAAACAGCAAAUAUAAAAUGGAAUUUUAAAAGAAAG